AAAAAAAUAAUUUAAAUUAAAAGUAAAAAUUUGUAAUUAGUAUUGAAGAAAUGUCUGCAAGAAUAAAUAUAUAAAUAUAAAAAAUAAUUUUUUAAUAAUUAAGAAUUAAUUACUGUAAUUAUGGUUAUAUAUAUUUAAGAUAUGGAGCACAUUGAGAGAAUAGAGUUACUAUAUAUAGAAAGGAGUGUCAAAUAAUAUAUCGUAAAUCAUUUAACGAAUUGAGCAAAGAAUUUUGAACACAAUGGCUAUGCGAAAUUUAACAGAACCAUUUGUUUUAAUGCGAAAUAAUGCUUUACAAAGCAAGCACAUAUAUGCUGAACAGAAUUUGUCUGAUCGAAUGGCACUAGUAACUUCGGAUUCUGGUACUUCGGAUAAUGUUGAACUAAAAAAUGUCAAUUUGGAAAGUAAUGCACCACCUAUAUGGACUGAUGCUUUGGAAGAGACACAAUAUAUUUUAAGUAGAUUACGUGUUAAAAUAGACAGUUUAAUAGAAUUACAUGCUAAACAAUUAACUAGGCCAACAUUAGAUGAUACUUCCCAGGAAGAAAGACAAAUGGAACAACUGACACGAGAAAUAGGACGUGCAUUUUCUAAUGGUUAUCAUCAAGUACAAGCUAUAAAAGCUGCAGCAAGACAUACUACUGGAUCUGCAGAACGACAAUUAGCCAUAAGCGCGGUAAUGGCUCUUUCAACAGCUUUACAAGAGCUGGGUCUUCGAUACAGAUCAGCUCAGAAUCACUAUUUAACACAGAUUAAAUCAAGAGAAGAAAGAAGUAAUCAGUUCUUUACAGAAGAUCAAUCAAUAUUUUUAAAUAAUACUACAACAGACACAUGGUUAAUGGAAUCAAAUGAAGUAAAUUCAGAUUCUUGGGAAAACAAUGAACAAAAACAAGAUUCUGUACUAUUACAAUUAGAGGAUCCAGAAGACAAAAUGAAAUUAGCUAUGGAAAGAGAAGAACAGAUUGGUAAUAUAGUGCAAAGUAUAGCAGAUCUCAGACAUAUAUUUAAAGAUUUAGCAACCAUGGUGCAGGAACAAGGUACUAUUCUAGAUAGAAUUGAUUAUAAUAUUGAACAAACACAAAUACAAGUACAAGAAGGUUACAAACAAUUGAAAAAAGCUGAUUCUUAUCAAAGAGCCAAUAAGAAAUUGUAUUGCAUAGUUGUUCUUGCAGGUGCUAUCAUUCUAGUCAGUUUUCUUUUUGUCGUAUUUAAAACAUGAAAUACAAAACCAAAUGCACUACCAAAUUUUAAUGUACAAUUAAUUUGUUAUUAAUUAUUCUAGUAAAAAAAAACAAAUAUAUAGUGCAUAAUUUGCAAAAAAUAUUUUUCGACGGAAUAUUUGAAAAUUUUUAAUUCUAAGUAAAAAAAAAAAAAAAUAAUGAAUUUAAUAAGUAUAUAUUUUAUUUUUAUGAUUAUAUAAAUUAUUUUAUGCUCGAAAUCAUUCCAUAAUUUUUUUGUUGUAAUAUCGUUUGCAUAUCGUUAUGUAAUGAUUUUAAGAUUUAUAUGUAAUAUAAAUGUAAAUUUUAAUCAUCUUAUUAAUGACUUUUAAUUGCAUUUUCACUUAGAUUAAUUUUUAAUAUAUUUAAAUUGAGAAUGCUGCUAUAAAAUUUUGAUAAAAUAAAUAAUUGAAAAAAAAUGUGUUCAAAAUGAACUAUGAGAAAAUAUUAAAAAUAUGUAUUGAUUUUUUUAAUAAUUUUUUAAAAUGAAUAUUUUAUCGAAUAUUUUAUAUGAUCAUAAUAUUAUUUACAUAAAUUUAAAUAUUAUAAAUAGGUAUCUUGAAAUAUAACUUAAUAAAUACUAAGAUAACAUAGUAGUUAACAAUAUCGAAUUUUUAUUCUUAAGAAUACUAGAUAAAUUUUUUUUGAACAUUGCACCUUUUUUUUAUCACAGACUGAGCGGCACAUAUAUUUUAUCUACAUAAUUUACUGUAUUUAUAAUUGUAAUCAUUUAUCUACAUAUAAAUUGAAUUCUUAAAAAAAUAUUAUUACAAAGAUAGGUUUGAACGAUUACACACACACACGUGUGUAUAUAUCUGAUGUAUAUACAUAUACAUGUAUGUAUAAAUAAUAUAUAUUUAUAUUUAUACAUAUACAUAUAUUUAUUUAUUUAAAGAUGUUUGCCUAAACAUGUCCUUUUUACGUGUUGUGUGAUAUAUGUAUACUUGAAUGUAUGCAAGAGUGUUAUAUAACUUCUAGAUGUAUUGUAAAUAUUUAUUCAAUUCUACAAAAAUUUUGUGUGUUAUGAAUUAAAAAUCAUUCAUUAAUAAUUUCAUUAAUAAAUGAUAAAAAUUUGUAUAAAAAAAUAUUAUUUACACAUAUUGAAAGUGCGAAAUUCAAUAAAAUACAUGAAAAACGCUUGAUGUUUGCUGUGUAAUCUAAAAUAUAGCAAAUAUUGUACAUAAAAUAUUUAUUCUAAUAAAUGGAAUGCAAUAAAUGUUAAAAUCCUAUAAA